AUGGACUCGGGCCCGAGAAAGAAAGAGGAGAAACCACUGGUCCAAGACCAUGACAGACAGCCAAGUUGCGAGUGUAACCAUGCCUUUGGCCGUGCACGACAAGAUGCACCAAAAGACGGGGAUCCGGACGGAGCGCAAGUGCAGCAGAUCCGCAGCAGUAACGGGGGCGAUGAUCAACGCUGGCGCAAUACCUUCCCCCCUCCCUUUACCAGACUGACAUUCCUAGUAAAGACAAUUGGCUUUGGUACGGAUGGUGGGAGAGGAAUGGCGGCCGGCCCAUGCGGUGAGUGGAGAUGA